CCCCUCUCCAAACUCUCUGUUACUACCUUCCAAUCCAACCCCACGCUUCUUCAUACACCAAACUCCACUUGCUGCUUCAAUCAAUACAAACACACACCCUCUAUUCUGCAAAGCUCAAACGACGUCGUCCUCACUACCAUGAUGAGUACUAACUUAAACUCACCCUCCUCUUCUUCAACUUCUUCCUCAUCAUCCUUAUCCAUGGAUCUAGACGAAUCCACCGAAACUCGAAUCCAACGACUCAUAUCCGAACACCCUGUCAUCAUCUUCACCCGAUCCUCCUGUUGCAUGUGCCACGUCAUGAAGAAUCUCCUCUCCACCAUCGGCGUUCAUCCAACCGUUAUCCAAUUGGACGACAACGAGAUCCCCUCUCUUCCUACCUCCGAUCAUACUCUCGCUCCUGCCGCUUUCAUCGGCGGAAUCUGUAUCGGCGGAUUGGAAUCCCUUGUCGCUCUUCAUGUCACCGGUCACCUCGUUCCCAAACUCGUUCAAGUCGGUGCUCUCUGGAAUAGUAUUUGAUAAUUCAUAUCAUAUCAUCUUCCUCCUCCGCAUAAUAUGUGCUAUUAUUAAUUAAUUGUUCCUAUUCUACCUAUUAUUAGAUCAUUUCCCUCUUAAAAAAAGAAAAAAAGCAUGAAUACUAUGAAGACGAUACUCAUCAGGUUAGGUGUGUCUCGAUGUCGAACACCAAAAUGACACAAACACUUAUAUUUAUAUUAAAUGUGUAAUUUUUAUUAGUGUCGACGUAUCAAUGUCCGUGUGUGUUUGGUGUCUAUGUCGGUGUACGGCCUUCAUAGCAUGGAAAUGCUUUGCAUGACUAAUUGUAUAGUAGUUAAUUAUUUAGGGUGUAUUUUCUUUAAUUUCGACGUUGAAAUGAAAUCUCAAUUUGUGUUUUGUUGUAAUUGAAAUUAGUAGUGUAAUGGAAUUUGUGGGUGCAGUAUCUAUCGAUCA